UUACAUAAUGUUAUAGGUUGUGCUAUAACACCCCCUUUUGCUUGUCAUUUGGUUCGUUAAACCGGAAGUGAGGUGUCUAUAGAAAAGGUACUUCCUGUUUUGAGGGCUCUGACAGCAACAGCUGGGAAGGCAAGAAGCUGGGUCACCCCUCCCUAUGGGUACCAUGAUGAGAACAGCGGUUAUGACGAGCGCCAGUCUGGCCCUCACAGGUGCUGUGAUUGCGCACGCCUACUAUCUGAAGCACCAGUUCUAUCCGACAGUGGUUUACCUCACCAAAUCCAGUCCAAGCAUGGCAGUUCUCUACAUACAAGCUUUUGUCCUGGUUUUUCUCCUGGGAAAGUUCAUGGGCAAAGUUUUCUUUGGUCAACUACGAGCAGCUGAAAUGGAGCAUCUCCUAGAGCGCUCCUGGUAUGCUGUCACCGAGACAUGCCUGGCAUUCACUGUGUUCCGUGAUGAUUUCAGCCCACGCUUUGUGGCACUAUUCACUUUACUUCUCUUCCUCAAGUGUUUUCAUUGGCUGGCUGAAGACCGUGUUGAUUUCAUGGAACGCAGUCCAAAUAUCUCAUGGUUGUUCCACUUCCGUAUCUUAGCUCUAAUGUUGCUUCUUGGAGUCUUGGACAUGCUUUUUGUUUCUCAUGCUUAUCACAGUCUUGUGACCAGAGGGGCAUCGGUGCAAUUAGUCUUUGGCUUUGAGUACGCCAUUCUUAUGACUAUGAUCCUCACAGUAUUUAUAAAAUACAUUCUGCACUCCGUGGACCUGCAGAACGAGAAUCCAUGGGACAACAAAGCAGUCUACAUGUUAUACACAGAGCUGUUGACAGGCUUUAUAAAGGUUGUGCUGUACAUGGCCUUUAUGAUUAUCAUGGUUAAGGUGCAUACGUUCCCUCUCUUUGCUAUUCGUCCCAUGUACCUGGCAAUGAGGCAGUUUAAAAAAGCAGUAACGGACGCCAUCAUGUCCAGAAGAGCAAUCAGAAACAUGAAUACACUAUAUCCCGAUGCCACCGCAGAGGAGCUCCAAGCUGUAGACAAUGUGUGUAUCAUCUGCAGGGAGGAGAUGGUGACUGGAGCUAAGAGACUGCCGUGUAAUCACAUCUUCCACACUAGCUGCCUUCGCUCCUGGUUCCAAAGACAACAGACUUGUCCAACUUGCCGUAUGGAUGUGCUCCGAGCCUCUCUUCCAACUCAGCCCCAGACACCUCCCAAUCAGCCGGAUCCUGGACAGCAGCAUCAGGCACAAACGCAGCCCAAUCUCAAUGUUCCUCCGCAACCUAAUUUUCCUGCAGGAAUCCUUCCACCUCUUCCUCCUGGAAUGUUUCCUCUCUGGCCUCCAAUGGGUCCCUUCCCUCCUCCGGUCCCUGGACCACCUCCAACCAACCCACCUGAAGAAGCACAUGCUGGGCCCUCUACUGGGUCUACUGCCUCUUCUCAAAGACCUGUUGGAAGUGCAGAUGUCAGUGGAGCGGAGACAUCACCUGGGACGGCUGUACCUGGCUUCCCUUUCCCACCUCCCUGGUUGGGAAUGCCCCUCUUCCCUCCAUUUGGUCUUCCCCCGAUGCCUAUGCCCCCUGCAGGCUUUGCAGGUUUGACAUUUGAGGAGCUGCAAGCAAUGGAGGGACAUGAGAGAAAUAACUUGGAAGCCAGAUUGCAAUGUCUGCAAAAUAUCCACACACUGCUUGACGCAGCCAUGUUACAGAUAAACCAGUAUCUUACAGUGCUGGCUACAAUCGGGCCACCUCGUCCCACUAUUUCAUCCACAUCGUCUUCCUCAGAAUCUGCUCCUUCUGGAUCUUCUCAGCCAACUCCGUCCACAGAACCUUCUUCCACAGCUCCCGAAGCAGAGUCUUCCAACCAGUCAGUUUCUCCAGAAUCUGUUGGUGCUGCUGAGGGAGAUGCUUCAUCAGAAGAGCCUGAUACAGCGGAACUAAGAAGACGCAGACUUCAAAAACUUGAAACUACUCCACCUGAAACUCAUUGAGGUCCCACACUGACUCAUAACCCUCUGAAGUCUUUUUUUAUUGGAUAGAACAGGCAAGUUAUGGCUCUGGAGAAAAACAAGAUUUCUCUUGGACUCCAAUCAGAGCCUGGCAAAACCUUUCUGGACUACUAAAUACAUAUAAAUAUAUAUUUUAUAAGAGGGACCACAUGAUGGAGAUACUACCAGCCUCGUUAAUCUUAUGUUGGACUCACUUCGGUAAAAUUAAAGAUUGAGGCUUUAUGUGACUUGAUCUUUAGUUUUUUUUUGUUUUUUUCUUUUAGACAUUUCUAAAUCUACUUAGAUCCCGAUUAGGGAUACAUAACUCUUGUACUCUCUCCUUAAGGGUAACUCAUAAUGGUGAGAGCAUUCUUAUACCCAAAAUAUGUUCCAUAGGUUAAGGCGCAUACCUAAUGUGCAGCAAAGUUAUGUGACCUAGAGGUGUUUAUUAGGUUACAGGUCAGUCUGCUGUAGGAGGAAAAAUACGACAGUAAUGUGCAAAAUAUCUAAGUAGGAUUCCGGUGAAUUUUUGCUUUUUAACUGACAGGUAUCUGCAGUAUCAAUACUGAUUUUUGUUCAGACGGUAAAAAAAGAAUGAUCAGAUAAAUAAAAGGGACAUUAAACUCUAAUUAACCCCCAACCAAAAGCAUAUGCAGAGUAACGUUUGUAAUAUAAAGUCACUAUUUAUUUUUUAUUUUAAUUUUAUUAUUUUUGCUUUUUUCCGCUGAAGUUUGGAGUGCAUCCUGCAAGGUUCUGAGUUUGAAUUCUAAGCAUUCUACACAGUGAUUUGUUAACCAAUGUAGGUUAUCGCUUAUAUCUGCCUCUGAUUGGCCAGAACAAAUGAGAUAAGACAAACUAAAGUAGCUAUUUUCCUAAUCUGCAAUACAAUGCAAAUGUUGCUAAUUUAUUUUAUUUGCAGAUCUCUGGCAAUGCAAUGCUUAAUUGCUGAUAUAUAUACAAAAAUGACUUUAAUGUCCCUUUUAAGGCACAAUAAUAUUUUCAUAUUUUUAAGAUUGAAUUGCAAUCAGCAAAGUGUUACAUAUGUUGAAAUGUUAUAAUAAAAAGAAAAAUAGUUCAAA